AAGAUGGCGUUCCUGCGCUGUAAGCGAGACCCCUGCGGUGUUAUCUGUCUGAUUUUGACUUAUUUCAGCGUGUUUUACGCAGACUACGUGGUCAUACAGUAUGUCCUCCUCCCAGCCUACACGGACAGUGUGUGGUGCACUCUACACGGAGCAGUGUUCAACCUGAUUCUGCUGCUGCUGCUGGCCUGCCAUUCCAAGGCUGUCUUCUCCGACCCUGGUAUUGUGCCUCUUCCUGAGACCGCCAUAGACUUCUCAGACCUUCGCUCCCAGUCGUCUCGGAUGAAUGACCGGGGCUGCGAAGGCUGGACGGUGUGCAGCCGCUGUGAAACCUACAGACCUCCCAGAGCGCAUCACUGCCGCGUCUGCCAGAGGUGUAUACGCCGCAUGGACCAUCACUGUCCCUGGAUCAACAACUGUGUCGGAGAGCUAAACCAGAAAUAUUUCAUCCAGUUUCUCUUCUACACCGGCAUGGCCAGUCUGUACUCCAUGGUGCUGGUGGUGUCGGCCUGGGUGUGGCGGAUAAGGAACGAGCGAGAAGGAGACGCAGAGAAAGAAGGAGAGGAGACGCCCAGCAAGCACCUGAUAGUCGCUCACUACAUCAUCCUCCUGGUGGAGUCGGUGUUGUUUGGCGUGUUUGUCAUGGUCAUCUUCUACGAUCAGUUGGUCUCCAUAAUCACAGAUGAGACUCCCAUAGAGCAGAUGAGGAACAGGCUGAUGAACAAGGACAGAGGCUCUUCAGCGUCCUCCUCUUCCUCCUCCGCGUCCUCUCAGCUGCCUCACCAUCCUCCACACACCCGCAAGCCAAAGCUGGCUCUGCUGCGGGAGGUUUUCGGACGAGGUUCGGUCUUUUGCUGGCUUCUUCCUCUCCACUCCAGCCCUCCGUCUGUCGGCGGCAUCAUCUACUCCGCCCUGCCCGACUAUGACGUCUGACCUUUGACCUGUGAGGGCGGCAAAAGGAUGGAGAGAAAGGUUUUGUUUGUGUGUGUGAGAGAGAGAGAGUGAAUUUUCUGCCUAACUACGAUGUCUUAUCUUUAUCUUUGGACCUGAGUGCUGAAGAGGAAGGAGGAUGAAGGCCAAGAUGGAUGAAUGAGUGAAUGAAAUGUGUGUGAUUUUUAUUCCCCAGGACCUAAGAGUUCAGCCUCAGACCCCAGACUCAUGAAUUUCUCUCCCAUCAUGAGGGAAGAGCUCCCUGCAGCCCCUGUUAUGUCUCGACUUGUAGUUUAACUACCAGCGCUGUUGUUUCCUUAUUUAGUGGCGGAGUUGGCCCCUUGUGAACACUGGGGUUUGACUGAUGUGGGUUUAACAAGGCUGAUAUCCAUUUUGUUUUACACCAAAGCUGCUGAUAUUGGACGCACUUGACACAUUCUGUACAUUCAGGGCCAGACUUAAUAAGAAAAUGGGGCAGCUGGGAUUAUCUGAGUGGAUUUAAUAACAUAGUGAUCCUCCAAAACAAUGACUUCAGCUAUUGUGAAAUGUAAACAAAAGUGAAAAAUAAUGUUUGUAUUCCCUCGUGGUUCAGAUCCGCCCCAAAAUGUAAUGGGUUCUUCAUUGGCCCAUGCUACACCUGUACCACCCUGAAACAUGAUCUCCUUGGCAAGGCAAGGCAGCUUUAUUUGUAUUGCACGUUUCAGCAACAGGGCAAUUCAAAGUG